AUGGAAUUGCAGGGGGGAAUCCCUCUGCUAAUGCAGCAAUACAAAGCAUUAUUUAAGAAAAAUUUGUUGCUUGCAUUGCGUAACAAGCCCGCAACAUUCCUACAGCUCUUCUCAUCUUUCUUCUUCAUUUUCCUUCUAUUCUGCAUCAAAUUAUCUGAUGAAUCGCGCAAUGCAGAUAACACCUUUGCUAAAGAAUUGCGCGAUCCUAAGCCUCUUAUUGCGCCACCUAUCCCACCUUGUGAGGACAAGUUUUAUAUUAAGACUCCAUGCUAUGAUUUCAUUUGGAGUGGAAAACAUAGUAAAACUAUUGGGGAUGUUGUUAAGGGAAUUAUGGCAAAUAAUCCUGGUAGGCCUAUUCCUGCCGACAAGGUUCUAGCAUUUAACACAGCACAGGAUGUGGAUAAAUGGCUUUUCGAUAAUCCUGUGCGUUGUCCUGCAGCUGUGCACUUCACAAUAGUGAAGGGGAAUAAAAUUAGUUAUGGUAUUCAGACAAACUCCACGGAUGUAGUGAAACGAGGAGUAACUGAGGAUCCAACUUUUAAGUUCCAAAUCCCACUUCAAAUGGCAGCAGAACGUGAAAUCGCGAGGAAUCUGAUUGGAGAUCCAAAUUUCCCCUGGGAUGUCAGUUUUAAGGAAUUUCCACAUCCUCCUGGUGACGUAUAUAAUGAAGUGACAUUAUCAGCAAUGGUAUUUUUCAUGGCAGUUGCUAUAUUUGGUUUUGUUUUCCAAGUCAGUGCUUUGAUCACUGAAAAGGAACUCAAGCUUCGACAGGCAAUGACUAUGAUGGGCCUUUUUGAUACAGCCUAUUGGUUAUCAUGGAUCACUUGGGAAGGACUCCUCAUAUUUAUCUCUUCUAUUCUUACUGUGAUCUUUGGAAUGAUGUUUCAAUUUGAUUUUUUCUUGCGCAAUAACGUGUUGGUUGUGUUCCUUCUGUUUUUCCUCUUCCAACUUACUAUGGUAACCUUUGGAUAUUGGCUGUCUACUUUCCUUACCAAAGCAGCUUCAGCGACAAAUGUUGCUUUUGUCAUCUUUAUUGUUGGUUUCAUUACUAUGAUUGGUUCACAGCUGGCUAAUUAUCCCUACUCCGCAGCAUAUUCCAAUAAACAUAGGAUUUAUUGGUCAUUGUUCCCACCAAAUCUUCUUACUAUAGGUCUUCAGUUACUUACUAAAGCAACUGAAAGUCCUAAAGAUCCAGGUAUUAGCUGGAGUACUAGGGCAAAAUGUUUACCUAAAGAACCAGACUGUGUAACUACCAUGCAUGAUGUGUAUAUACUACUUGUGAAAACAUUUUUUUUCUGGCUCGUUCUGGCUAUAUACUUCGACAACAUAAUUCCAAAUAUAUCUGGUGUGAGAAAAUCAAAAUUAUACUUCCUAUAUCCUGGCUACUGGACUGGAAAUGGUGGAAGUAGUGUGAAAGAGGGAGGAAACUGUAGCAUCUGUUCAGGUUCAUUGCCACGGCUGGAUCCUAUUACACCAGAUGACGAAGACGUUCUUACAGAAGAAAACACUGUUAAAAAGCAAGCUAUGGAAGGUGAAAAUUCCAACAAUGCAGUUCAAAUACGCGGUCUUAUUAAGACAUAUCCUGGAAAGAAAACAGGUGGCUGCUGCUGCUGCUGCUGUAGAAAAACGAGUCCUCCUUUCCAUAGUGUCAAGGGCUUAUGGUUGAACGUCGAAAAGGAUCAACUACUUUGUAUGCUUGGGCCCAAUGGAGCUGGAAAAACUACUACUAUAAGUUGUUUGACUGGGAUUAAUCCUGUUACAGCAGGAGAUGCAUUGGUAUAUGAUCAGUCCAUACGAAGCUCUAUGGGCAUGACAAACAUUCGAAGGAUGAUGGGAGUUUGCCCCCAGUUUGAUAUUCUUUGGGAUUCAUUAUCCGGACAAGAGAACCUUCAGAUUUUUGCCAACAUUAAAGGUCUACCGCCUGCUUCAAUAGACACGGUGGUAGCUCAACUAUUAUCCCAGUCAAAAAUCACCAAGGUGUCAGCCAAGAUGAGAUCUUGUAGUUACAGUGGAGGAAUGAAACGACGUCUUAGUGUUGCUAUAGCCCUUAUUGGAGAUCCAAAGUUGGUUAUUUUGGAUGAACCGACUACUGGUAUGGAUCCAAUUACUCGAAGGCACGUUUGGGACAUUAUCGAGAAAGCCAAAAAAGGACGUGCCAUUAUCUUGACAACCCAUUCAAUGGAAGAAGCUGAUGUCUUAAGUGAUCGUAUUGGUAUCAUGGCAAAGGGAAGGCUUCGUUGCAUUGGAACUUCCAUAAGGUUGAAAGCAAAAUUUGGUACUGGUUUCAUUGCUAAUGUGGGCUUAGUUAGUGAAUCAACAUCUCCUGAUGCUGUGAAACACUUCUUCAAAAGUCAAUUGGAUGUGGUGCCUAAAGAUGAAAAUAAGUGCUUCCUUACCUAUGUUAUUCCUCAUGAAAGGGAAAAGAUGUUGACGGAAUUCUUUGCUGAGCUUCAAGCUAGACAAAGUGAGUUCGGUGUAAAAGACAUCCAGCUAGGUCUUACUACUCUUGAAGAAGUUUUCAUGAACAUAGCUAAACAGGCAGAUGUGGAAACUGCAAUAGCUGAAGGAAGAUUUAAAACUCUUACAUUGAACUCAGGGGACUCUGUUGAAGUACCUGUAGGAGCGCAAUUCAUUGGAAUUCCAGGAACAAAAUCUCCACAGAAUCCCGGAGGUGUUAUGGUGGAAGUAUAUUGGGAGCCAGAUGAAACAGGUAGUCCUUGCAUAUAUGGCAUCUCAGAAGAAAUGCCAAUACCACCUCAUAUUCAACUAAGAGAUCCUCCAACAAACAACUCACCUACAAACCAAGGAAUUGUAAUUGACCCUUCACAACUCAAAAUGCACUUGUCAUGACAAUAUUAUUAGGAAAUAUAGGGACAGAGGUAUGUAAACUCAGAUACAGUAAGAGAUCGUAAGGUGAAUAGUAGUCUUAUACUAUCAGUCUGAGUUUACCAUAAGCCACUAGCGCUUCAAAGGGUGAAAUUCUAGGGUAUUAGUUAAUUUGAUGAAACAUUUUCAAUAGGAGCUUUGUAGUCCUUUUGAUCGGGUUCAAAAGUUUUGCAUAUUGAUGACAUUUUUUGUGUAUAGAGAGUACAAUGUGUAAUUAACAUGUAAGUGCUGAGAUUGUCUUAUAUCACAAGUAUUUCUCCUUUGUUACUUCA